ACCGCCGGGGUCGCGGGUACGAGCGCCGCACGGAACCACUACUCCCAGAGCAGCCGGGGCCCCCCAUCUCCGCCUCGCCGCGCUCUCAGGCGCCGAGCACUACAACUCCCGGCGUGCCGUGAACUGGACGGCCGAGCUUCUGGGGCGGUGUCCAGCCGUCCCGCCCACCCCGCUCGCCCGCUGCGUCCCCGCUGCUGCCCCCGCAGCGCGCGGAGCCGGGACGCGAGUCAUGGAGGAGACGCCGCCCCCAGGCUGCAGCAAGCCGCACCUGGAGAAGCUGACCCUGGGCAUCACCCGCAUUCUAGAAUCUUCCCCAGGUGUGACAGACGUGACUAUCAUAGAAAAGCCUCCUGCUGAACGUCAUAUGAUUUCCUCAUGGGAACAAAAAAAUAACUGCAUGCUACCUGAGGAUGUGAAGAAUUUUUACCUGAUGACCAACGGCUUCCACAUGACAUGGAGUGUAAAGCUGGAUGAGCACACCAUUCCACUGGGCAGUAUGGUUAUUAACAGCAUCUCAAAACUGACUCAACUCAACCAGUCUUCUGUGUAUUCACUCCCUAAUGCACCAACUCUGGCAGACCUGGAGGAUGAUGCACUUGAAGCCAGUGAGAACCAGCCAGAGAAGCCUCACUUUGAUUCUCGAAGUGUGAUAUUUGAGCUGGAUCCUUGCGAUGGGAAUGGGAAAGUUUGCCUUGUCUACAAAAGAGGGAAGCCAGCAUUGGCGCAAGACGCUGAGAUUUGGUUCCUGGACAGAGCGUUAUACUGGCAUUUUCUCACAGAUACCUUUACCGCUUACUAUCGCCUGCUCAUCACACACCUGGGCCUGCCACAGUGGCAGUACGCCUUCACCAGCUACGGCAUUAGCCCACAGGCCAAGCAAUGGUUCAACAUGUAUAAACCCAUCACCUACAACACAAACCUACUCGCAGAAGAGACCAACUCCUUCGUGAACAAGCUGGAUCCCAGCAAAGUGUUCAAGAGCAAGAACAAGACCUUAAGCCCCAAAAAGAAAGGGCCUGUCCAGCCUGCAGGUGGCCAGAAAGGGCCCUCAGGUCCUCCUUCCACCUCUAAAUCCUCUUUUAGUCCUGGAAACCCUGUCCGCAAAUGAGCACCUCCACAUCCCUGCCAGCCCCACAGUGAUGAUUUCCAUGCACAGAUGGCCCAAGCCUCCGAUUCUGUGUGUAGCACCACAGGCCUCUUCGCCGUCUAAGUGAGCCAAAUCCUAGUCCUUUUACUCCUGUUGGCAUUAGCCAGGAGUUAAAGGGCAUUCUCAGGUCUCCCCCAGAGUCCUUUCCUCACCCCCAGCCUCCAAAAGCUGUGGAGAGCUUCAGAACUUACUAAGUAGCUAAAUAAUCUGUUCAGGGCUUUCCCCUCUCCCCACCCCGACUCCUCUGCAUCCCUCAGCCAUGAUUAGAGAAGGCCCCUGAGGAAAUCGCUGGUUUUGACCCAUGAGACAUUAGAACUGUAUUCUUCAGUUAGUAACCACUAGCCACAUGUGGCUGUUUAUAUGAAAAAUUCUGUUCCUCAAUUGCAUUAGCCAUGUUGUGAGUAUUCAUGUGACUAGUAGAUUCUGUAUUAGACAACACAGAGAUAAUGGAACAUUUCCAUCAUCACAGAAAGUUCUGUUGGGCAGCACUGCGUUAGAAUAUUUUCAUGCUGCCCUUUCUUGGUUCAUUUUUGUUAGAAAAUGUGGAUACCUUAAUUUGAUGGGUCAUAAUGGUCCAUGAAAAUUCUUGAAGAUACAAUUGUACAUGUUCUUUUUAUUUUUCAUAAGUAAUUCUCUGCUCUCUUUUCAGAUUGCUA